AAUUUGACUCUCUCUCUCAACCCCUAACAAACUGCGGCAUUUGCAUCUGCAUUUGCCGUUGUGAAAUUCUCCAACAAACUCGCCCAACCACCAACACUCCGUUUCUUAUUCCUAGGUGAAUUAUUAUUUAUAUAACCUACUUCCUUUUCUUUUCUCUUGUUCUUGUAUUUUCUCCUUUACACACUACUACGCUUUUUUUCUUUUCUUUUUCCCUUUUUCUUCUUGUUAUUCUUGUUUUCGACUUUGAUCUUCAUACUCUUCAAUUGUAUUCGCUUGAUCUGUUCUGUUUGCUGUUGAAAUUGUGUUAUUAACAGGACAGUCACCAUGGUUGAUCAGGUUCAGCGCCCUAGAAUCAUCGAGAAUAUUGCUCGCCAGACUGGUCUUUCAAUGUACCAAAGGAGGUCAUUUGAGAAUUACUCCAACCCUGCAUUCCAGUAUCCUAUGAUGCCAGCAUGUAGAGCUACAACGGCUUCCCCUAUCUUUGUUGCAGCUCCCGCCGAGAAAGGAAACUUUGUUGUUGACUUUCUCAUGGGUGGAGUUUCAGCUGCUGUGUCUAAAACUGCUGCUGCUCCAAUUGAACGAAUUAAGCUUUUGAUCCAGAACCAAGAUGAGAUGAUUAAAGCCGGUAGACUUUCUGAGCCCUACAAGGGAAUCGGUGACUGUUUUAAGCGAACAAUGGCUGAUGAAGGUGUUGUUGCCCUAUGGAGAGGUAACACCGCAAAUGUCAUCCGUUAUUUCCCGACUCAGGCUUUGAACUUUGCAUUCAAGGACUACUUCAAGAGGCUCUUCAAUUUCAAGAAGGACAAGGAUGGUUACUGGAAAUGGUUUGCUGGUAACUUGGCCUCAGGAGGUGCUGCUGGUGCAUCAUCCCUUUUCUUUGUCUACUCUCUUGACUAUGCUCGUACUCGUCUGGCAAAUGAUGCAAAGGCUGCCAAGAAAGGUGCAGGAGGAAGACAAUUCAAUGGUCUCAUUGAUGUCUACAAGAAGACAUUGGCAUCUGAUGGUAUUGCCGGCCUUUACCGUGGUUUCAACAUUUCUUGUGUUGGAAUCAUUGUGUAUCGCGGUCUCUACUUUGGAAUGUACGAUUCCUUGAAGCCAGUUCUCCUAACCGGAUCUUUGCAGGAUAGUUUCUUUGCUAGCUUCGGACUUGGAUGGCUCAUCACCAAUGGUGCAGGUCUAGCAUCUUACCCGAUCGACACUGUUAGAAGAAGAAUGAUGAUGACAUCUGGCGAAGCAGUCAAGUACAAGAGCUCCAUGGAUGCAUUCUCACAAAUUCUCAAGAACGAGGGUGCCAAGUCCUUGUUUAAGGGAGCUGGUGCUAACAUCCUCCGUGCUGUUGCCGGUGCUGGUGUGCUCGCUGGUUACGACAAGUUGCAGGUGAUCAUGCUCGGAAAGAAGUACGGAUCCGGUGGCGCUUAAUUUUAUUCGCAUUUUUAUUUUAGAUGGUGAUGAAAAAACCUUUUAGUUUUGAGAAUUAACCAAGUAUUGCGGAAAAUUUUGUUGAAUAAUUAGUACUCAAUGAUCCCAUGCCCUUUUCUUUGGAUCAGAAGAUUUGAUAUUUCUAUUUGUAGGAUGAUUUCUUUUGAGUGGCAGGCAAAGCAUCUGUCAUAUUGAAUUCCAUUUUGUUUGAUUUGAAUUUGUGAGAGAUACUCUAUUUAUUGUUUAGUAGUUACUCUUACUAAAGAUGCAUAUGCACCUUUUGAUUUUCAUGUGUUGGAAUAAAAUAUCUUGCUACCUAA